AUGCCCCCGGGCCUCUACCGGGAUAUCGUCCAAGAGCGCAACAAGUACUUCUUACUAUACCACGCCGCGAGCAUUUCCCAGGCAGCCCUGAUGGUGCUCCAGCUGCUGAUUGGUGCCUCCGUGACAUCGCUCGGAGCAAUGCGUGCGAACACUGGCAUCGCCAUCACUGUGCUGGGUGCAGUCAACACGGUCAUUGCCGGUCUCAUUGCCCUGCUGCACAAUGGAGGCUUACCCGACCGCUUCCGCUACGACAUGAUACAGUUUGAGGAACUUGAGGACCACAUCAAGGAGCUUCUCGACUCAGCUAUUGCCCCUGCGAACAUGACGACGGACCAAGUUCUAGCCGAGUGCUUCGAUCGCUUCCGAGAAGCCAAGGCCACCGUUGCGGCCAACUUGCCAGUCAACUACAAUUCGCGAUCAUCUCAGUCGGGUGGUGGCCAAGCCUCGUCUCUGCCACCGCCUCCUCCUCCUCCACCACCACCUGCGUCGCCUCCAGCGGCACCCGCUCCCCCAGCUUUGACAAAGGCUCGUAUCUGCGGAGAGGAGGGCCAUGAGGUUCAAAAGCCAGUUGACAACGACAAGGAAGCGACGAAAUGA